AUGCUGAUACCUAUAUCCAUCGUGUUGGUCGAACUGCUAGAUUUGAAAAGACUGGAAAGGCACUGUUCCUGUGUCCGAGCGAAGAGAGGUUUUCAGACCGAGUAGCCACCAGGAAAGUUCCGAUAGGUGAAGUUGGUCAGAAAAACUCUAAAAAACAGAGCAUUCGGAACCAACUUCAAGGGCUGCUAUUCAAAGAUCCUGAAUUCAAAUUUUUGGGACAAAAGGCCUUUGUAGGUUGCUGCCGGGGCAUCAGUUUUCAGAAGAAUAGAGAGGUAUUCAAGCUUGAGGAGUUGCCAUUAGACGAGUAUGCGACUAAUAUCGAGCUCUUUGGCACUCCAAGGAUCAGGGGCCUAAAGAGUAUAGAUGGAGCUAAAAUCAAGGAAAUCAAAAAUGCGCCUAGAGGCCUACAGGCUCUGGAGGGUGCCUCUAGCGAUGAAGGAGGGGAAGGAGAAGCCAGGAGCGGGGAGGAAGUGCGAGCUAAAUAUGACCGAAUGGUCGAACGAGGUAAUUAUUCCUCUACCCUUUUGCGCACCGUAAGCUCUAACAUCAUUAGAAAACAUCAAUGUCCUCAUAGGCAAUUUUGCGAGCUUGGUUCAAGGUGGUGGAGCUGAACCCGACCACGAAGGCGAUUUCUUGACCGUCAAACGUUCGGGCUAUGAUUCUGACGUUUCCGAUCCCGACAUUCCUGAUCCUGCAAAAAUGCGAUCGAAAAUGCUCCAAGUACCAGGAAAGGAGAUAGUAAUGGAUUCCAAACGCAAGGAAAAGAUGCUCAAGUCCAAAAAGGAGUUGGUGAAGCUUAAGCCCAAGGGCACAAGACUUAUUUUCGAAGAUGGCGGGGGAAGCACGUCAGAUAUACGAGCUCCAGGAUGAGGAUAAGUUCCGUGAAGCAGGGCCGGCAGAGAUCCAGAGAAGGAAGUUCUUGGAUGAAGAAGGGAAGAGGGUCAGGGAGGCGGACAUCGGGGAUAGAAAAUUGGCAAAAGAGAAGUGGAAGGAAAAGAGGAUGAUUCAGGAACUCCGUGCCGUAGAAGAGGGAGCAGUGAUAGAAGAAAGAAGUCACGAGGACGAAUUUCGAGUCGAGUUGGUGUCUUAUGGGGACGCAGAGGGCGAUCAACUCGGCUACGAUGAGGAUGUCGAAGAGGAGAGGCAACCUAAGAGACAGAAAUGGGUUGAGAAUGACGAAGAGAAGGAAAAGACUGAAAGAAAGCUAAGAAGACUAGGGGGCGAGUUAUUGAAGCUACUGAGGCUUUAG